CACCCUCACCAAAACCAACAGCGAAAAAACCCAAGACCAAGAAAGUUGAGGAGAUGGGCGAAGAAGCAGAAACGUCCAAAGUGGAAGAACAGUUUAGAGGCAGUGUUGCACGCUCCGACGACAUAACAAUCAGGGAGGUGGAGCCGAAAGAAAUCACGCAAGAGGCUAUGGACCUUGGGAUGACCCCAUUGCCUCCCCAUUUGAUUAAUCUAAGUGUAUCUGAAAUUUUGAAAAUCGAUUUACCCAUGUUUGAUGAGGAUCCGUCACAAUCGGUCUCGAUUUCUAGUGAAGAGAUACCUCCAGAACAAAUUGUUGUAAAUGUCCAGGUUUUGAGGAGUGACGAACCUCAAGAAACACCGGCCCCACCGGUAAUAGUACCUAUUCAACCAGAAGAACCUACAGUACCUGUAGUAGAACCUUUGGAAGACCAGGCUGAGUCAGUCAUCGAAAAAAAAUCUGAACCUACUCGAGAGUCUGCAGAACAAAGAGAUGUUGGGGCCUGGGAAUUGGGUGUGGAAAAGACUAGACAAGCUAUCGUGGGAAUGCAAGAAAAGUCUGCUCCUCAACGCCCACCAGUCAAAAUAAGGAAUAAUUGUUCGGCUCCUAUGAUUAAUCGAAUUGUGAGAAUAAACAGACCUUCUCCUCUUCAUGGGAACGAACAUGUAAAAUUGUUCUUUUACAAACCAAAACCGAAAAAACUUCAAGAAAACAUAAGGCUUCGUACCGUCGUGACGUUCCCAAUGGUGUCCUUGGAAAUUGAUGAAGAAGUAAUCGAUGAAGAAUAUGAAAAAAUUAAGGAAUCACGAACGACUUUUGAGUCAAAACACACUGCAUCUUCAAUGGACGUUUUAAGAGGUGCAGUAGAUUCAUCAGCUUCUUACUCCAUUCCCACAAUCGUUCAACAAACAAGUAUACCAAGAGGAGCAUUGAGUAGUUUGGAAACUCCCUCAAUUAAUAUUUCCAGAAGAAGCAUUGUAUCUGAUAAGAGAAUGGCGACCUUAUCUGAAGAAUCCGCAUUGGAGGCAACUCAACCUAUAUUGCCAGAAGAGGUACCAUUAGAAAUUCCACCUUUGGUGCCAAUAACAUCCACAACAUUCGAAAUGAUUUCACCAUCUUUUCAAAAAACCCUACCGGAUGCUCCUCCAUUAAGCCGUGAAGAAUUUAUUAAAAUUAGGCAGAAGAGGCAAAAGAAUAUUAUUAAUAUUGUUAAAAAUUGCGAUAAGGGUAACUUAACAAUUGAUGAUGUAGCAGAAAAACCUCUUACAAAAAGAAAUGUGGCUAUUGCCUUUGGAGAUUUGCUAUCCUUAUGCAAACAAAAACAAGUUAUACUAAUAACCGAUGAAAAUUUAUAUUUGCAGACAAUUGAAAAAGGUUCUGAGAUUGGCGAGUAUUGAUUAUAAAAUAUGUAACCAAUCUAAAAACAAAUAUGAAAAAAAUUUAUUGUUUAUAUUU